GGCGGGCGGCGCGGCGGAACCGGCGAUGCUGCUCUUCUGCCCGGCCUGCGGGAACGUGCUGGUGGCCGAGGAGGGGCCGCGCUGCCACCGCUUCGCCUGCACCACCUGUCCCUACGUGCGCAACGUCACGCGGAAGGUGACGAGCAGGAAGUACCCGCGGCUGAAGGAGGUGGACGAUGUGCUGGGCGGCGCCGCGGCCUGGGAGAACGUGGACUCCACGGCAGAGCCGUGCCCCAAGUGCGAGCACCCCCGCGCCUACUUCAUGCAGAUCCAGACGCGCUCGGCCGACGAGCCCAUGACCACCUUCUACAAGUGCUGCAACCCGCAGUGCGGGCACCGCUGGCGGGACUGAGGGGCCGCGGGGAGCGGGGCCGCGGCUCCCGCAAUAAACCAGGCUCUGCCGGCAAACCAGCGGCUGCUGAGUGGUUCCUUUGGGGCUCCUGCAAUAAACCAGGCUCUGCCGGCAAACCA